AUUGGGCCUGACAUAACCACCCGCUAUCGUCCCAAAAUCGCCGAGCUGCCCAAUAGAGUAAGGCAAAUGGGCCCGCUGACGCGCUGCUCUGCGCCGCACUGCACUGCACUGCCAUGUCAGGCCAUGCCGAGCCAGUCCCAAUUUCGUCGGCUUGGCCGCUGCGCUUACGGCCUCGACCAUGACAAAGAUGGCUUGGACCCGGGAAUUGGCUUACGAUGCGAGAUGGGGGUUGGUCACCUGGAUCGACUCGUCUGGGAAGAAUGCCGUCGCCAAUGUGUAUCGUCAAGCGAGAAUCGCGGUUGCAACCCCCACAAAUUGACAUCAUUUCGCCUCCAUCUCUCCCUCCCCACAUUCAUCUGUGGCAACUACCAGAAGCUCUGAAACGAACAAAGGGACGGUUUCAACUCACCUUUUUCAAAAGAAGCCGUGCCAAGCUAAGAGCCGUCGUUGCGGUACGUCCGUGCUGUCUUCGCGUGCGACUUCGGCUGUCAAGUCUGUGUACGCUGUGCGUGGGCGUGGGCAAAGAAGCAGGGGGGACGCCGAGGUCAGUGCUCGUUCCUCUGUGUGUGUGUGAACCAGAGCCUCUUUCACAAUGUCACCAUGUCCGCUGCGAGGUCGGGGUGUGGCCCUUUGGCCUCCCUCGCGGGGCUGUAGCAAAUGGCCGCGGCCGACUAAAGUUCAUUGCUUUUCACUUGGCCCGCGCCACGCUUCCGUUGGAACAUCCGAACCCGACAUGCGGGUCGUGGGAGAUUGAGACUUGUCGGUCACUUACCAAAUUGGGCAGGUGGCCAGUACCCCGAGGUCUCAACGACGUGUUCUCUGCUUACCCUUCUGGACGACCUCGUGAGAAAAUAGGCCAGCAAUGGGAGUUACCCGAAAGUCCGGCCUCUUCGAUCGCGAAGACCUCGAACAGGGGGGAAAGCUGAUAUCGCACGAGAAAAAGGGAGGCUUGACCAACGCGACUCCGACCGGGCGCGCGUCUGAGGUGUUGGUUGGGCCUACCCGGUGUUGGUCUUCUUGUCCGGAUACGAAAAGAGCGAGUAAGGAGGAGGAGGAAGAAGAUGAUGAAGAAAGAGGAGAAAGGACGGAAUGAGGACCCGUAUUGCGUCCGCUUCUGGUAUCAAUGUCGUUGCAAGUCUCAAGGUCUAUGAUGUCUCGAUGUAG